UACGGAAUUGUCGUGUACGCCGUCGCACUUAAUCAGAACCUCUUUCAGUUUCGCUGUGAAUUUGAUAGCAUCGGCGCUAAAGCUGAAAUCUUCACGGGAAAUCAAGAGCCGACAUUCUUCCCAGAAUUUGUGAUCUAUUUUUCUUUCCAUCCAAACAGAUGAUCCCAAUUUCCCAUAUGUAAUUCGGAAUACCUGAUCAUCAAGUUCCGGAUAAAGGUACGAUUUUGGGUUGGAUAAAUAUGGGAUCGGAGCUCAAGGAUAUGAACUCGAGUCCGCCGUCGAGCAAAGAGGAACGUCGGUUGCUCAAAUCGGAUUCCGACACCGCGGCUUCCAUCGAAGAGCUCAACAAAAAGUUCGCGCCUUUCGCGAGGAAUGAUUUGUACGGGACGAUGGGUCUGGGUCCUUUGCCGGUGAUGGAGAAGAUUAAAAUCGCGGUGGCGAUGGUGACGCUUGUUCCGGUACGGUUCGUCUUGGCGAUGGCCGUUUUGCUUCUGUAUUACUUGAUAUGUAGGGUUUGUACGCUGUUUUCGGCCCCGAAUCGCGGGGCAGAGGAAGAGGAAGAAGAAGGCGGAGUUGUGGUCCAAGAAGAUUAUGCUCACAUGGGAGGAUGGAGAAGGGCUGUGAUCGUCCGAUGUGGGAGGUUUCUGUCUAGGGUUUUGCUCUUCGUGUUUGGAUUCUAUUGGAUUCACGAGAGCUAUCGAGAUUCACCCAUGGAUUCUAAACCAAAAACAUCUUCGAAUGACAAAGCUAAGGAACCUGAAAGAUCGGGAGCUAUCGUAUCUAAUCACGUGUCGUAUCUGGACAUUUUGUAUCAUAUGUCCUCUUCUUUUCCGAGUUUCGUUGCUAAGAGAUCAGUGGGCAAACUUCCUCUUGUUGGCCUCAUCAGCAAAUGUCUCGGUUGUGUCUACGUCCAGCGGGAAGCAAAAUCACCCGAUUUCAAGGGAGUAUCUGGCACUGUAAAUGAAAGGGUCCGAGAUGCGCAUCAGAAUAAGUCUGCUCCAACCAUCAUGCUUUUCCCAGAAGGGACAACUACCAAUGGAGACUACUUGCUUACAUUCAAGACAGGUGCAUUUUUGGCUGGGACUCCUGUUCUUCCAGUGAUUCUUAAAUAUCCUUAUAGCCGUUUCAGCCUUGCAUGGGAUACGAUAUCUGGGGCACGGCAUGUGAUUUUUCUUCUCUGUCAGUUUGUAAACAAAAUGGAGGCGAUACACUUACCUGUAUAUUACCCGUCACAGGAAGAGAAAGAUGACCCCAAACUCUAUGCUAGUAAUGUCCGGAGAUUAAUGGCAACAGAGGGUAACUUAAUUCUGUCAGAUUUGGGACUUAGUGACAAGCGGAUAUAUCACGCGACUCUCAAUGGUUUGUUAUGCAAAAGCUAAUAUGGGUUCGAUUUCUUCGACUGUAUAUUUCUUUUAUUCAUAGGCAAAUACUUAGUAAUACAUAUAGCAAGCGAAGCGUAUUCAUGAUCCAUAUUAUCCCGAUAUCAUCAUCGUCUCUGAAACGUGUAUCGCCUCUCCCUCUGAGUCCUGAUGAAGCAUCUCUCCACGAACCCACCAUUGGUUACCGCUUCUAUUGUGGUUCUGCCGAGUCUCGUCUUGGCUGAUAACUUCAAUGUUAGAAUUCACUAGUUGUGUCUGUCUGGAUUCAAGAAGCAGAGGAUGGUUUCACGUUUUUUGGGUAUUUUUGGCGGCUGAAGAAGAUGGGGUUUUAUACAAGUUCUGUUCAUUCAAACAUUCCUUGUCUGAAUAUAUAUUACAGAAUC